AUGUCCCAGAAGAAUUUCCAACACACACUCCUUCGAGAUCCUGCUCAAACGUUCCGAGUCGUCAACGUCCGCCCUCAUCAGCCUGCCUUAGCAUCGAAUACACAUAGAUACAAGGCUCUGUCGUAUCUGUGGGGUUCCAAAUUGCCUGAUUACCCAAUUGAACUAGAUGGCUGCUCAUUCAGAGUACGAGAGAAUCUUUGGCGGUUUCUCCAGCAUGCUGAGCGACGUUUCACCGACUCUCCAAUCUUUAUCGAUGCCAUCUGUAUCGAUCAAGAGAACAUAACUGAGAGGAAUUCGCAAGUACAGAAUAUGGGAGACAUCUUUUCUCACGCUGACAUGGUUCUAGCCUGGCUUGGUGAGGGCGACACCCGGCUUGAGAGAGCACUGCCAUUGCUUGAAGCGAUGACGAACCUACCGUUAUACGAUUUGGAGCACUUCAACGAUGGAUAUGAGCAGGAAGACGAUCGUCGCAAGCGACAGGCAGUCUGGCACCCUCUCUUCGUGCUUUGCGCCUUGCAAUACUGGAAGCGCGUUUGGAUUGUGCAGGAAAUCCUGAAGGCGAAGACAAUCACGCUAAUUCAUGGCCAUCACGAGUUGCCAUGGAAUGUGUUAGAUCUCUUCUUGAAGCGAAUAUCCGUCGCGAAAGAGUCCCCAAUUCCACUUCGCGAGCAGCUCAUGGACGAGAGAAUGUUCACCUUCGUAGACAACCGGCGAGAGCCUAUAGACAGUGGAGAUAGUGAUGGUCCUAUGCCAAGCACUCGGACGAACAUGAAGGUUGUGCUGCAGUCUUACAGCUCGAGCCUGUGUAGCGAAAUCAGAGACCACAUUUUCGCUCUACGGUCUCUUGGUUGGGACGGCGGUCUAUUGAAAGUCGAUUAUGGCAUGCCUCUGUCCCAGUUGUUCAUGAAAGCUGUUUUGUUGUGGGGGGCCGUCGAUCGGGGCAAUGCUUUGAUGCUUGCAAGAGACCUAGUGCACCACUUACUGCCAGUGGCUCCGACCACACCCUUCCCAAAUGAGACUUUUACGGUCAAGCUCAUCGAGUUAUUACAACCUGAAGGUCACGCGCUGUGCCAAAAUCUUCCUGGCACAUGCCGUAGUGGCUGCGACAUCGUGAUGAGCAACUCAACAGGUUUGCAGAACGGAAACCCAUGGCCAGAAGAUACGCUUUCAGGUGACAAAGCCAAUAUGGUCACGAAAUCAACACCGUUCGACGACAUUCGAUUCUCGGAGCUUCGCUGCACAGACAAGGUCCUGCAGAUUGAGGACUCGUGCCUCCUUGUAAUUGCACGACUUCAUACCACGAGGUGGCAUAUCGUCGGUAGACUAGUCGCCAUUGGAGACGAAGUCGAUGGAGGUUGGCGAACCGUCGUUCUCUGGAGAUCAUGGAAAGGCAUGCCAGACAUCGAGGCGGUCGGACCAAAGAAAGGUUUUUGGCAGCUGGAGCUCGACGCAUUCAACUUUCGUAAGAUGCUGCUUGUGGUUGGUUAUUCAAGUUACAAAUAUCAAGUUAGAAGGACUGGAUCAGUAACAAACAUGUCUUUUGACUCAUUGAGGUGGGAAGAUGAACCUACAGGUACUUAUACCUUCGAUGUCUUUGGCAAGGUAGCGCUUACAUACAAAAAGAUGGCAAGCGCUCAAUCGCACAAGCAAGAUGGUCAAGCGAAAGCAGCAGAAAUUAGUAUGUCUCAGAUUGUCCAAGUGCUCAAGUCAGGCGUAAUGGAUCUCACACUAGCCGAACUUCCUUCUGCGCAGCCGACACCUUCAUGGAAGGAGCUGCUCGGCCGAACUUGA